AUGGUGAACAAAAGAAUUCAAAAGUUGCUUCAAAAUACCAGAGGGCGAUCUAGAAGAGAAGAAUCAAAUAAUAGAGGAUUAAAUGGUGAAAAUGAACCACAAGAUGUACCACUGCCGCACUCUCCAUCGAAAACACAAAAUGCUGAAUUGGACUUACAACACAAUGUUGAGCAUAAUGAGGAAGGUUCAUCUCAAAGGAGCCAAAAUACACGGGGUAGGACAGUGAUGAGGGAUGUUCAUUCAUUAGGUCCCAAUGACUUACUAGUUGUAAGAUUUAAUGAAAGGGGUCAACCUUAUGGAGAAAUGCAACCCACGCUUUCAAAUUUUGUGGGAACGAUUGCUCGAAAUGGAAACUUGUUACCCCUUAGUUUUCUAGACUGGAGGAAAAUACCUAAAAAUCAUUUGGAUCUUGCAUGGGGAUAUGUAACUGAACAUUUUUGUAUCCCUACUCGCCACAAAAAAAUUGUGAUGCAAAUGAUGGGAGUUGCAUGGACGCGAUGGAGGACCGAAGUCAAGGCAACGUCUUAUGACCCAAAUAUUCCUUUAUAUGAGCUCUUGCAAAUUCGUCCUGUCCCUCAUAAGCUGACACUCGAGGUUUGGGAAACUUUAUGUGACUAUUGGAAGAAGAAUGAGUUUCAGGAAAAUGGUGUAAAACCUACUCGUAUUGAAAUAUUAGAAUUAAGUUGUCAUAGUAAAAAGAAAGGAAGGUCUCCUAUUGCUGAUGAAGCUAUACAACAUGAGGCUUUAUUGAAUGAGGCUGUGAAACGCCAUCUCCAAGACAAUGAGGUGUUCGGGCCUGAGCAUUCUGGCCGAGUUCGAUGUUUAGGAGCUGGUGCACUGCCUAGCCAAGUUUUUCCUGACCAAUAUAAGCGUAGCCAUUGCCAAGGAUAUGACACUGCUUCAGAUGCCAUAGAAAAGUUCAAGGAAAUGAAAGAAAAAAUAAAGGAAAUGGAAGCUAGGGAGGCAGAGCGAGAAGCACGACUACAAGCAGAAAUGGAAGCACGUGAAGCACAAAGGAAAACCGAGAUGGAGCAAUCGAUGAGGCGGAUGUAG